UUUUAAAGUAGCGACCGGCUCGAGCUGGGGACCGGUACGGGCGCGAUGGUCGGACAGCGGCUCGAGACGCGGUGCUGCCGCCACUGAAAAAUAACGGCAGCCAGAAGGCGAUCGGACCGCCUCCCAUCAAUUCAUGAGGUUUUUGUAAUUUAUUCAUUUACGUGGAAAAGACAGCAGUAGAUGUCAAAAUGAUGAUUUCUCAACACAAGAUUGUUAAUUCUGCCUCUGAGAGCUGCAAUGAAACCUUAUUAAAAUGAGAAAACCUGAACAUUGAAGCUGAAAAGCCAUAUAUGCCCAUACAGGAGUGAAACUAUCCAAUAUGCGUGUCAGCAUGAGAAGAAUCGUUCUGCUUGCUUGCUGUGCUGUUGCUACUAUGAUGGUGUUCCACAUGGGCCAGCACAUGUGGGAAUGUCAACAGAUAUUGAAUCAGAAUGGGGGCUGGUUCAAUGGCAUACGAACACAUAGUAUGAUGAAACCAGAAAAGGAUGAAUUGGUCAUGUAUAACUCAAAAAACAUUGAAUUUCGCUACAGUAAAAAUAUGCCUCUAAUCUUCAUAGGAGGAGUUCCCCGAAGUGGGACAACAUUAAUGCGAGCCAUGAUGGAUGCACAUCCAGAAAUACGCUGUGGUGAAGAAACUCGGAUCAUUCCACGUGUGCUGGCCAUGCGUCAGGUGUGGUCUAAAUCAGAACGUGAAAAGAUGCGCUUGAAUGAGGCAGGAGUGACGGACCAUGUCCUAGACGCGGCAUUACAAGCAUUUAUUUUAGAAGUAAUUGCAAAACAUGGUGAACCAGCAAAAUACUUAUGCAAUAAGGACCCUUUCACCUUAAAAUCGUUAAUUUAUCUGUCCAAACUGUUUACACAAUCUAAAUUUAUUCUGAUGAUACGAGAUGGCCGGGCAUCAGUGCAUUCCAUGAUUACAAGAAAAGUGACAAUAGCUGGAUUUGAUCUUAACAGCUACAGGGAUUGUAUAAUCAAAUGGAAUAAGGCUAUUGAAAUUAUGUAUGGACAGUGUAUGGAGGUGGGACCCUCCAGAUGCCUCUCUGUUUAUUAUGAGCAACUAGUACUACAUCCCAGAAAAACUAUGGAGAAGAUCAUGACAUUUCUGGAUAUUCCAUGGAAUGAUGCUGUUUUACAUCAUGAAGAACUAAUAGGAAAAUCCGGAGGAGUCUCGCUUUCAAAAAUAGAACGAUCCACUGACCAGGUUAUCAAGCCAGUAAAUCUUGAGGCCUUGACAAAAUGGGUGGGACAUAUUCCAAAUAGUGUGGUUGAAGAUAUGGCACGAAUAGCACCUAUGUUGGCCAAGUUGGGAUAUGAUCCCAAUGCCAACCCACCAAAUUAUGGGAAUCCUGACGCACUGGUUAUAAAUAAUACCAAAAGGGUCUUACAAGGUGACUUUAAAACACCUGUCAACUUAAAAGGACCUUCUCCGGUAAAGCUGAAUGUUACAGCAACUGGAUUUCGGUAGCAACAAAACCGUGGAUAAUGACAGAGGGAAUCAGAUUGUCUGGAAGACAACAGAAAAUGAAGUUACUGGAAACCUAAACUGGAAGCAUAAACACCUGCUGGGAGAACCUAUCUGUGCACAUUGUGGAGUUCUAAUGGAAGGAAUGUAUCUGUGACUAUCUUACUGAAUUUUACCUCCUUGUGAAGAAAGUUAAUUUCAUGAUUCUUCUCCAAAGCUAAUGUUUGCUAAAUGUUUCCAAGGUGAAGUCAUUCGUGCAAAGAUCUGUGUUCAUAUUGUAAAUGAUGUUACAUCUAUAGUUUUCUGUGAUGGCUGUUUUUUUUAAAUUUCGCCACGCUCCCUCCUUCAUUGACCAUUAUGAAAUGAGCAGUGCUUUAAGCUGUGGUAUUAUUUCCUAUCAGCACUAUGACAAUCAAGAAUGUGUAAUCCUUAUGGUUUUUCUCUUACAAAGUCUUUUUAAUAAUGGAUAUUGAGCAUACUUGAUCAAUUAAUAUUAAUCAAUUUCAAAGUUAAAACUAAUAGUUUCCCCAGAAGAUAACCAGUGUCUAAGUGAAAUUCAAGCAAGGAGUUCCAAUAACAGUUUAUGUUUAAUAGCUAAACCCUGAAUAGAGCAUACUAAAAGCAGAAGGUGCUGGAAAUACUCAGUAGGUAGCAUCUGUAUACAGAGUAUAAUAUUUCUUAAAUUCUGAAAAUCCAGUUUGGUUUUAUCAUGUUAAAAAUGGUGAUUUUGUUUUUAAAGACCUUCAAGCAAAGUUUUUGUCUUUUGAUUUUUGACUGUCAUGACUGGCGGUCUACUACAGUUUUGCUUUGGCUGACCAGAAUGUAUUAAAGCUCAGGAGAAUUUGAGCUGAAGGUGACAUAAAUCUGCAUCCAUGUAAAGUCUGGUACCAGUAGUGGACUGAUAGAAAGCAUUCACCUUGAACUUUAAGUAAAUAGCAUUGCAAGAAGCUGGGUCUUAAUGUUAUAAAUGCCUUCACUGGAGUAAUGCCAUGUGACGUAGGAUACUUCAUAAUACUGUGAUAUGUUCUGUAUAACUUCCAGAUCUUCAGUUGUAAAUUGCACAAAACUUCAGUUAUCUGCAUAUUAUUAAUUGAUUAUGUUGCCAAAA